CCGUCGUCGUUACAAGAAGUGCAUGCACAUGGUGGUCUUUUGCAAAGCAUGGUGUCAUCGUUACCUCACAGUGUUUGUCUGGCUGACGCUGAACUCGAAAACUUUGUUUCAACUUCAGUUUCGACUUGAGCAUCAUAUAAAAUAGGGAUUAAUUAUGGGAAUCAAGUCUUAAGGAUUUUCGGCGAGGAGGAGAGAAACCACGUGGCGGUGUGUGUAUCAUUUAACCAAAUUAAUUCAGUGUGAUAGACAGUGAUCCAGUAGUAAAAUUAACAAGUGGCGACAUUAUAGUGGGAACUUCCGGUUUAUGUAAUUUUAUUAUUCAACUGUCAAUCAUAAUCUAAAACGUUAUCUGUGCCUGUAAGAUUAAAUCGGCUAAGUGAUAUACCUACAUAAAUACCUUAUCAAUUAGUGGUUUGGUUAGACAUUUUCCAUUGAGCCUUCUCUAUUUACCAUGGAAUGGGAAAGUAGCAGCAGUGACAGAUCAAAUCAAGGAAGAAGAGGAGGAGUGCACCCACGUGAUUCGAUUUUAUCUUCUCGAAUGGAUGACAGCAUGAACAACAACGACCUUCCCCCACCACCAUCUUCACGACACCGGCAAUCUUCCGGAAAUUGGGGGAAGCCUCACCUGGAAAUAUUGGUCCAACCCCAGCCCAAGUUCAGAUUUCGGUACAAGUCGGAAAUGACUGGGAAGCAUGGAAGUCUUUUGGGAGUGGUGACGCCGAGCAGCAGCAGCGUGGGCCGAUCUAGUUGUACCAGUACCGGUGGUGGUUAUGGUACUGGUGGUGGUCAAGGGGAGUUUGGCGGCGGUGGUGAAGAAGUAGUGGCGUCUAGUUUUAGUCACGCUCCCACGUGGUCUGUCCCAUCGUACGGUGGUGGUGGUGGUGGAAAUAUGCCGACAUCAUCGAGCAGUAUGGCGGCUGGAUUUUCUGCUGGUGGAAUACAGUCAAAACUCUUCCCCACAGUCAAACUCCACAACUUCUCUGGCAAUGCGGUAAUUCGAGUGUCCUUGGUUUGCGAUGCGAGACCGCACUACCCGCAUCCCCACUUGUUGGAAAUGGGUCAAUCUCCGCAACUUAAUUCUGGCCUGGAUUUGGACACCACUUUCUCCAGCAGUCUCGUCCCGGCAUCUUUUUCUGGUGAAAGUCGAUGUGUCGACGGAUACGUUGAAAUCCCCGUGUCGGCGGAUAACGAUUAUACCGCGGUGUUUCAAGGUCUCAACAUAAUUUACAUCGGGAAAAAGGAGAGUCGACGCGUCCUCCUGAAUAAAAUGUCGCAAAUCGGCGCAGAUUCGGAGAGGAAAGUGACCCUGGAACAAUUGGAGGAUCUCGCCCUCACCAUUAAUCUCAACGUGGUGGCGUUAUUCUUUGAAGCGAUCGUUCGAAAUCCGUCCCAUCAUCGGGGAGGAGGAGGGGAUAAUUUGGUCCACCUGUGUCCACCCGUGGUUUCCGGAUCCAUUCAACAUAAUAAAAGUACACAAACCGGAGAGCUAAGGAUUGUUCGGAUUGACAAAUUUUCCAGUUGCUGUACCGGCAAUGAGGAGGUGUUCACCCUUGUUGAGAAAGUCGAUAAGCAUAAUAUCCAAAUCAAAUUUUACGAGGAGAGCGACAAAGGUGUCGAGAUUUGGAAGGCGUACGGGAAAUUUAGCAAGUUGGAUGUGCAUCAUCAAUACGCUAUCGUAUUCAAAACGCCACCCUAUCGAAACUUGGAUAUCGAGAGUGAAGCCGACGUUUGGAUCCAACUUGAAAGACCGAGCGACGGUGCGACAUCCCAACCAAUUCCGUUUAGAUAUCGACCAGUUGAAAAUAUUCGUAAAAUGCCAAAAAGGCAGCCGAGAUCAAGAAACGAGCAAGAUCAUCAUCAUAACCCCAACCAGAGACAAUUCGACCCCAGUAUGGAUCGUGAUGGGGCAAGUGGUGGUGGUGGUGGUGGUGCAGGAAACGCCGGAAGUUAUGGAGGCGUGGAGGAUAACAGGAAUAACCCCUUGGCUGGACCAUCCAACAUUCGACAAGGAGCUUCCUCCUCCAGUCGUGAAGUUUCAUUCCCUUGUGAUACCUCCGCAAUGGCGUCGAGUUCGGAGGAUGCCUCCCAAUCCAAAGCAUUAGCGAUGAGUGUGGCGUUAAGCAUUUGUCAAGGAAUCCACGGUUGGGCAGAGACUUCAGAUAUUGGUCAAGUUCUUCAGAAACUGAGACACCUUUUAUGCCUCGUGAAUGAACAUGGAGACAAUGCUCUCCACUCUGCCAUAAUUCAUCAACAGAAGGAACCCUUUUUCCGAAUUCUCCAAACCCUUUCGGCCUUCCCGGACACGGCGUCGGUCAUCAACGAGCCGAACGCCCAACUCUUGACCCCCCUCCACCUGGCCGUGCUGUCCAACAGGAGUGACUUUGUGACCGAACUGCUCCGUCAUAAUGCGGACAUUUCUCUUCAAAAUUGUGAGGGCGAGACCCCACUGCACAUCGCGGUGAAGGCGAAUGAUAUCUCCACGGUGAAAUAUCUCCUCCAAGCCCCCACUGCCCCGGUAGCUAUCAACAAGUUCAAUUACGCCUCCAUGUCUCCCCUCCUGAUGGCGGUGUCCUCCGGAAAUAAUGAAAUGGUGGAACUUCUCUGCUCCCAUAAGGCGUCACUGACCGCACAAGAGGGCACAUUUGGCCGCACCCCACUCCACACAGCGGUCGAAAAGGAGACCAAAGAGUCCAUUAUUAGUACAAUGAUCAUUCUCAAAAGUGCUGGAAAUGAUGCCGCCGACCUUACCAAUAUUCAGAAUUAUAGGGGAGAUACCCCCCUCCAUUCCGCAGCUCAUUCCGGCUUUACCACGCUAUGUGCACUCUUAAUGCAUUAUGGGGCUGACCCCAUGGUUGAAAACCACGUGAGAAAAGAGACUGAUGAAGAAGAAGAGGACAAUAACGGUGGCGAUAAUACUAAUAAUUCCUCCUCCUCCUCCGAUGAUGACAGACUGAGUGGUCAGACCGUUUUCGACAUAACAUCGUCCGACCAAGUGCUCCGUAUUUUGAAGGGAACAUUGGACGAUUGGGAAAUAAUAUUGAAGGCGUGUUCUCCCCUCCUCCUCCCCUCGUCCCCCCUUCUCGCACAUGCCGGCGGUGGUGGUGAUAAAGACAAAGAUUUCGAAUCUAAAUGUCUCGACUCUGGAAUUGAUGUUAAUACAUUUAAUAGCUCACAAUUUCUAAAUUCAUCAUCGUCAAAUCAAUUAUAACCGGAGUAAUUUAAGAAUUUUGUUAAAUAUUUUUGGAGAGACUUAUUAUAAAAGGAUGGUCACUAUAAGAUGGCUGUUUACUAGGUCAAAUGCCCUUUAUAUUGUAUUAUAUGAAAUAUCCCUUUCUUGUAUUAAAUAUUGUACAGUAAAUUAGAUUACCAGUUGCCAAAAAGAUGUAACUUUAAGAACAACAUGCUAAUCUUGUGAUUAACUUUCGAGCUGAAUAUUAAGAAAGAAGGUUUUCCAAAUUUAAGUAAAAUAAUUAUUAUAAAUUAGAAUCCCUUUAUUAGAUCCCUUUAUUCAUGUUAAUAAAUAUAUAUUUAGCUUUAAACAAAUUUCAAGUCGUAAAAUUAUUUGUUAAGUGGUACAUUAAAAUAAAACAUACAGAAUAAUAAAACUCGUGUUUUUUUCAAA